UCCUCCCUAGACCAUUGUUGGGUGCUGAAGAGAAUGUGUGAGGUAUUAAAAACUCCUACACUCACCCAAUAACACAAAUAUUGUAUUUUGUGAAUGAGAAUGAGGCUUGUGUCAACAUAAUACGGGACGGUUUGAUCUACGGGAGGAAAGAAGCGUUUGGACGUUAUUUAUUGUCGCGUUUCCGCGCCGGUGGCCAAUUCACAGAAGCGGUUUGAGGAGAAUCCUGAGAGGAAAUCAAACGGAGAACUUUGUACCUCUUGUGAACUUUACCGUAUCGAUUCCAGCCAUGGAAUACAAAGUGGAAGCGCAUCGGAUUAUGAGUAUUUCCUUAGGGAAAAUCUACAACUCACGCGUUCAACGAGGCGGCAUUAAACUGCAUAAAAACCUUUUGGUUUCCUUGGUCCUUCGCAGCGCGCGUCAGGUCUAUCUGAGCGACUACUACAGCGGUGCGUGUCUGAACGCCGCUCAGAACGAACGCGAAGGGAACGAAUGGGACAUUACGGACUCAGAGCGGGAGAAAUUCCCUCCCUCUACAACGGAAUGCGACCGCGUAGAGGAGCCCGAGAAAGAGCGGGAAUUGCGCGAAAACGACGAUGAGGUGAAAUCAGACCAGGCGGAUUGUACUUCCACAUUACAACAAGAGCAAAACCAAAACUCUUCGUUGGACGCUGUGGCGAACGUUUCGUCUGAAACACCGCCGGAAACCAUUAACGAACCCAAGGAGAGUCCCUCAGCUACAGUAGCUGAACACGACUCCACGCCUGAGGCGAAGGGGGAAUCACACCAACCGCCCAAAACGCACGUUUGUUCAAACAGGAAAAGAAGCGCGGAAGAGUCUGAAAGUGGCGAUGCGCCUCAAAAAAGGACCAAAGUCGCUUCCUCAAACGCUGAGGAGGAUGAGGAAGCCGAGAAGAUGGACACGAGUAACGUGUCUAACCUCAUUACGAUAUUUGGUUCCAGUUUCUCAGGACUUCUCAGCAAAGACGGCGCCAAACCUGAGGCUGACGCAGAGGAUAGUGGACAAAUCUGCUGCGACCAAAUGCUGAAGAACCUAAACCCGUGGAGUACAGCGAUAGUAGCUUUCUAACUGCAUUGUACUACACUGUACCGGGUUGCCCUGAGUGCAUUGGUAACACGUGGUCAGGCCCGACAUCUAGUGUGGGACUUCCCAGCAAGCAUGAGUGGUGCUACCACAGUACAAGCUCAGUUUGGCCUGUAAGAUGUCCGGGCAUGCCUUUCUAGUGAAGGAACUAUCUGAAUGCUGGUGCUAGCCUACUACUUGGGAUCUACUACAGUCCUUGAAGUGUUGUUGAACUCUCAGACUAAAGCCAUGUGAGCGAGUGGUAUUACAACAUAUGCAAACGUGUCAUGAAGGUCAAUUUUACAUUGUCACUGAACUGAUUCAGGGUCGAUCACACCAAACUUGACUGUACAAGGUUUUAGGCCACUGUUUUAAAACGUCUUUGUUUUAAAAAGACAUGUACAUUUUGUAAUAUUCAAGUGUGUGUAUAUAUUGUUUCCCAUGUCGCAUUCUGAAUCUAUGUAUUUUGGUAUCAUGACAAUUUACGUGGUGCUCACGUAUUAAAAAAUGUGAAAUUA